CUAUGGAGUCUUGUUGUUGUCUAAACUUUAAAGAAGAGUUUAGAUUGCGAAAUUUGUCAUUAAAACACAACAAAGCGAAAUCUUUCGUGACUUCUCAGUGUGGACCAAGGUAUUUCUACCCAGUAUGGACGACAUUUUGGGCACUUUAUCAUCUGUUGAACCUUCUCCUCAUGCCUUACUAUUCUACAGAAUGGCCAAAUACCCUAGCUUGGCCUUUGUAUUUGACGAACUUGGGAUACGCUGUCCUGGGAAUUUUUUCAAUUUCUGACUGUAUUUUCACUAUUUAUGUGCAUAUAAAACGACCGGAUAUUUUGUCUGGGAGUGCGAGUGAAUCUCCAUGGUAUCUCCAGUUUGUGUGGUGUCUAUAUAAUAUCAACAAUGUGGUGGCUCUUACAAUAUCCGUGUCAUAUUAUGGCCUCCUAACUGUCAGUUUUGAUCCACCAAGCAUUAUCACCCACAUGAUAAACGCUUUCUUCACAUUUGCCAACAUCUUAGUAUGUGCCAAACCGACAAAACUCUUGCAUGCCUACCAACCUCUACUCUUUUCUGCAGCAUAUCUCAUUCUCUCCCUCAUUUAUUACGCCGCGGGGGGAUCGGCGAUCUACUCCGUGCUAGAUUGGAACAAUUUGUCAGUGGCUCUACCGACAGGUUUGAUUGUGGCAUUCGUGUUGGGAUUAUUGGUGCAUCUUUUUGUGUUCGUGUUGUUUAAAAUUCGUGUGCUUUUUCAUAAGAGACUUUGCAGUCAGACAAAAGUUGACACAAUUCAAGUGUGUAUUGUUGAAAAGGAGAAAUAUGCGGUGGAAAGUCCUAAAAAAGUGGGGCCUUAA